CCAUCACCCGCAUUCAUCAUCCUUCUCUUUCUCUUCGCUGGCAUGCCUUUUUCAAUUCCUUCUGCCCCCUCCCCUUAUGUUUUCCUUUUUGCUUGAGUAACUUAAUCAAUUAACAUCCAACAAUUGGAUUACGUAAAGAAUUAGAAAAUUCUCAUCAAAACCUGACCUUUUCCUGUAAUAUGUAUUCCAAAUUCCAGAUCUGAAAUCUCAACUCGGAAUUUCAAUUCUCGUUUUCGGUAAAUGUCGAUGUCUACCACGUAUUGGUGUUACAGAUGCAAUAGGUUCGUAAGGGUCUGGACCCGAGAUUCAAUAUCAUGCCCCGAUUGCAACAGCGGCUUCAUCGAGGAGGCAGACAAUCCGGCGAGAUCCUCAGUCUCCGAAUCUCGUCGCCGCCGUUUCCCCGCCGCUGCUGCGAUGUACAUGUUGCCAAAUUCGGGUCUAAAUUCCGGGUCAAGCCCGAGGUUCAGGAGGAGCAGAAGAAGUGGGGGAGACAGAUCUCCGUUUAACCCGGUGAUUGUCCUCCGAGGGCCGUCCGACAACGGCGGUGGUGCUGGGUUUCAGCUAUACUAUGACGACGGGGCAGGGUCGGGGUUGAGGCCAUUACCAUCCACCAUGUCGGAGUUUCUACUCGGGUCGGGGUUCGACAGAUUGUUGGAUCAGUUGGCCCAGAUUGAAGCCAAUGGGCUUGGAAGAAUGGAGAGGCCGCCGGCGUCAAAAGCGGCGAUCGCUUCGCUGCCCACCAUUGAAAUCGUGGACUCUCACAUAGCUUCAGAGUCCCAUUGUGCUGUUUGUAAGGAUCCAUUUGAGCUCUGUAAUGAGGCCCGGGAAAUGCCCUGCAAACAUUUGUACCAUUCAGAUUGCAUCCUCCCAUGGCUGUCACUGCGAAAUUCAUGCCCUGUUUGCAGAUAUGAACUCCCCGCCGGAGACUCGGAGGAGCCAAACAGCGUGCCAUCAACCAACGACCAAAGCGCCGCCACGGCCAACGUAGAUCAAACCGUGGGGUUGACAAUAUGGAGAUUGCCCGGGGGAGGAUUCGCCGUGGGAAGGUUUGCCGGCGGAAGAAGGGGAGGGGAGAGAGAGCUUCCUCUCGUGUACACUGAAGUGGACGGCGGACUCAACGGAAAUGGAGUGGCGAGGAGGAUUUCUUGGGGGAAUGUGGCGUCACGGAGGCGAAGUGGUGGCUUGAGGAGGGCUGUCCGGAACUUGUUUGCGUGCUUCGGUGGCGGCGUGACAUCGUCAGGCUCGAGUUCGAGCCUGGGUUCAAGGAUUACUCACAGUAGUGUGACGCCAUCAGCAAUCUGACCCGAGGUUUGAGGAUAGCGAUGACCUUAAAAAGAGAAGAGAAGAGAAGAAGGUUGAUAUCCUCAAUCAAAAUGUAAAUUUGUAAACAAUACAGGACUCUGUAACAGUAUAUGCGGCUCCCAUUAGUAAGUGAGUGAGUUCUUUCUAUACAAGUUUCUUUUACCUCUCUACUUUUUCAAACUCGUUAUCAAACGGAUUCUUU